GAUACUGAGUUAUCUAUCCGCGGACAUUGAUCAAUAAAAAAGAGUAAUGAUUAUCUAGUAACACAAUCCAAAUUUCAAACAAACAAUAUGUUUUUUAUUGUGUCUACUCAACUUAUCGGAUUUAUUGGCAAAGCUCCAUUUUUUAUCAAGUAAUUUUCUCCAAAAUACCCCAGUGAACUUUGCAUGGAUUAUCUUGAUUCACACACCUAAGUACUUGAGUAUUUUAGCUACUAUCAAUCAGCGCUAAUACCAAAAUAAAAAAUGGUGCAACUUAAUGGAACGUACGAAUUCGUUUCCCAAGACAACUACUUGGAAUAUGUCAAGUCAUUGGGACUUCCCGAUGACAAAGCUCAAAAAGUUGCCGGUUCAACAGGACCACUAGUCAUAGCACUGACUGGAAAUAAUCUAACAGUUACUACUGCUGGAAACGCAAUGGAGUUAACUCUGAAUCAAGAAUGUGAUCACACGUUGCCCACUGGACAUCAAGUUAAGACGACAACCACUGUCAAUGGAAAUACUAUUACAUUCAAGUCAAACAUGGGGCCGGUCACCGAAGAUAGAGUUUUUGAAGUUACUGACAGCGGCUUGACUUCGAUGAUGACUAAUUCAAAUGGAGUAAAAGCUGUACGCAAAUACAAGAGAGUUUAGUCCAUUUUGUAUUGUAUUUUUGAUAUACAUAUCUAUUAAUAAUUUUUGAAUAAGUAAUUGUAUGUUUUAUUUCUUUUUCUUCACACGCUGUCAAUGUCUUUUUUUUGUACCUAUUAUUAUGAUUAGCAAGACGAAAUAAUGUU